AUGGCGCAGAACUCGCAGGCAGCAAAGCAAAAAUGGGGCAUGGGGUCUUUUUUCCAGCAAGCCGUCGCGGGUGUCGAAUCUCGGCUCGACAAUAUCUUGAUGGACCCGGACGAAAUAGCGACAAAACCUGCCAGCGCAAAAGCAACGGAGACUGAGAAGGCCGAGGCAUCAGCACCGGCACCAGUGCCAAAACCUCCUGUUGUCUCACAAUCACGCAGCGCUUCUGGUGCGCGGAAGAAUGAUCGACUCCAGGAACGUUUGGCGCGAGCCGUGGUGAAAUCUAAUACGAACAGUCGUGUUUCUCAAUCUUCCCCCAGUGGCGUCUCGUCGCGAGCGUCCAGUCCGGCACCGAGCAAUGGUGCGCGAUCAAGUAUGGAUGUCGACUCUAGCCUGGCGCCUUCCACUGUCGCCGACAAUGAGAAGAACCCAACCACAAAUGAAGAGGCCGCUCUGUCGGUGUCUGCCUCACCGAGGGCCAGCUACGAGUCGGGAGUACCACCGCGCGUUUCCGGGGAAUUCGAUACAGCAGGAUCAAUACCAAAUACGUCCGGGGAGACACCGGAACGGCCUGCAGAUCCGGAGAAGACCAACGAUGAUCUAACGGGCUCGCACCAAAAUACAGUUGCCGGCGUUUCGGUAUCAGAAAAGGCCCCGCGAGUGAACGUGGAGCCACCGGAACAAGGAGAUGACCAGGAUCCAGCUAUUGCUCGAUUGCAGGCUGACCACAAGGCGGCCGAGUCUCAGUGGCAAGAGGAGGUGUAUGGUUAUAUUGAGCGGAUAGACGCCUUGCAGUCGAAGCUCCAAUAUCUGGCCAAGGAUGCAGCCGAAUCGGCAAAGACUGCCGCGGCUAAUGCCGCGCCAGGGAGUGCCGACAAACAACUGUUGGAAAAAGACGAAAAGAUUGCAUUGCUCCUUGAGGAAGGGCAAAAACUAUCCAAGACGGAGAUGGACCAUCGAACGUUGAUCAAGAAAUUACGCCAGCAGCUUGCGGAGAGCACAAAAUCCCAGACCGAGUUGAAGAAGAAAACAGAGAAAUUGGAAAGGGAAGCGAUCAGCGCCGAAGCCAGGGCUCAACGGUCUGAGGCCGCAGAGAAGAGGGCGAACGACUCUUUAACCUCCCAGAAGAGAGUGGGCGAUGACCUUCAAGCCGUCACGAAGGAGCGCAACGCACUCAAUCAGACUGUCCAGGACAUGAAAGCGCAACUGAGCCGGGCCACCGCACGUGCUGAGGCUGCUGAGACGAAGGUGCUAUCGGAGGCAGCAGAGAAGGAGAGACGCAAAGCUUCUGAGCUGGAGGAGGAACUUUCGAAUUUGAAGAUCGAGCGUGACAUUGGCGAGGAGAAAUCGAAGAGGGAAAUCAAGGACUUGAAGGAGAAAAUGGAACAGGAAAGAGAUAGGGCCCGGAUGCUCGAGACUGAACUCAGAAACGAACAGUCGGUGCUGGAAAGCAAGAUGGAGAGCCUUCGUGCCCGCGCAGAAGAGGCCUCGUCCGGAGCAACUGGAGAGUCUCAAGCCACGCUUUUGCGGCAGAUUGAGACUCUUCAGACUCAGUAUGCCGUCGCAAGUGAAAAUUGGCACACGCUCGAGGGCUCUCUGCUCUCCCGGAUGGCAAACAUAGAAAAGGAACGAGAUGAAGUUGGCCGUCGCGAAGGGGAAAUGCGGAAGAAAAUUCGGGAAUUGAACCUGAAGGCGAAGAGGCUAGAAGAGGAACUUGAGGGUGCAAAGGAAUCUGAGCAGGACCUGGAAGCCAAGCUUGAAGAGCACAUGCAGGACCUGCAGAAGAUGCAGCAAAAGCUCCAGAAGGCCGACGACGAUCUCACGUCUGCGCAGAAAGACUUGCUCGAGCAGAAGAAGGUGUCGGAUGCGACCUGGGCACAGAAACUGGAGGAAGAACGGGCCCGGUGGCGGGAACAAUCCAACUUCCUCCAUGGACCACGGGGCAUGUCGCCUGUCACGUCCACGCGGCGGGCGAGCAACCUCGAGGCGGCCGCUUUGGCCAUGUCAGAAUUCCGUCCACCGAGCCGGCGCUCGUCCACGCUCCCACCUGGCUCGCCUGAAAUUGGCACGCCGCCGCGUCAGAACUCCUACCCGACGUCGGUUUCUAAUGCUGUACUUUCCCCUCCCCAAAUCAACACGUCCACCCCGUCCAUGAUCAUGGAAACCCCGUCGAUCAACUUCGAGCCCGAUGAGGUCUUCAGUGGCUCCGGCACUCCAGCUACCCCAUCUGCAUACGGUGGUACACAGGCGCCGGCAUCGCGUGGGAUCAACGAUAUCAUUUCCGAAUCGACCGUGGGUGCCGGCCCAUCCGUACAGCUCGUGGAGCGCAUGAGUGCCACGGUCCGUCGUCUCGAGAGCGAGCGAGCCGGGUCCAAGGACGAGCUGGCCCGUGUCACGUCACAGCGCGACGAAACUCGACAGCAAGUGGUCGAUCUGAUGCGUGAGCUCGAGGAGAAGAGAGUCUCUGACGCGCGUGUGCAGGAGCUCGAAACGCGCCUUGUGGAUCUCGAUCAGCGGUACCAGACGACUCUGGAGAUGCUGGGCGAGCGAAGCGAGAAGGUCGACGAGCUGCAAGCUGAUGUUGCCGAUCUCAAGAAGAUUUACCGGGAGUUGGUCGACAGCACCAUGAAAUAA